ACAGUUAGCAGUGAGGAGAUGGAACUGGGGGCCAUGCAGGAACAAAGACAGGCGACUCCUCAGCUAACAACUGCCCACUUCCCUUCUCUUGUAAAUUCCGUAGGACCCACGUCAGCUUCGUUUAGAUCAGCACACCAUUUGCUUAUUCACGAAGAAUGAUUGCUGCAGACGACGGCGACGACGAAACAGGAGAAGAUCCACCUCAGAAAUCCUUCUUUCUUUCCCUCCUCUUUAUACUCUCUUCUUAAUUUCCAACCCCAGAUUCUUGAUGGGUGAUAGUUCCUGCUGAAAUUCAUUCUCAUGUAAAAAGCUCUCAUCUUGAGCAGAGUUCUGGGGUCUUUGAAUCUUGUGGGGAAGAUGGUUUCUUGCGGAGGCUGUUCUUGGACUUUGGUUGGUCUUAUUGGGGCGUUUCUUGAUCUUGCUCUUGCUUACUUCCUGCUGUGGAUAUCGGCUUUUGUGUUUUGUGCUUCAAGAUUCUGGAGUAUUUUCGGGAUCCAUCUUCCUUGUCCGUGUGAGGGUGUGUUAGGUUUUCGAAGCAGUAGCAUCUGCUUGCACAAGCUGCUUGUUGAAAUACCCGCGAGGAAGAUCUACUCUGUUCAGAGCCAGGUGAGGAGUAAAUUCCCUUUUGGUUCUGUUGUUUCUGAGGACGAGUCACGUAAUUCAAACUUGAAGUUAGUCAAAGAUGAGAAAGUCGAGAACGGUGUUAUUGAAUUGAGCAGCGAAAAGCUUUGUAGUUCUUUGUCGGGGGCGGUUUCACAGAAUUUGAAUGACAGAGAGAUUGCACAUGAUGUUAAAGGAAAGGGUGUUGUUGUCAGUCAGAAGCAAAGGUCUGGAGUUGGAAUUCGGAGAAGAAGAAGUAGAGCUGUUCUUGGAUACGGGAAAUUCAAGCCUAACAAUUUGAAGUCAGCAGUUGGUGGUGUUUGCCCCUACCCUCCUGGUAUUGAAGAAAUGAGUAGCCAAAUUGCAGAAAGUUUGGGUCUUGUGAGCGGGAUUAAUGGUCAAAUCCUGGAUGAAAGAAAACCCAUUGACGUUGCUGAGGGUGAAAGAACGUGCCAUAGCUAUGAGCUGAGCAGAUCUUUUGACGGGAGCAAAGGAGUGAAUUUGGAUUCAUCUUCUAUUGACAAUUCCAUCACUGAUCCGCCAGAUGAGCUAGGAAUUGAUAGAACCGAGUUGGAUAGAAUCAGAAUGCUAGAACAAGUACUUGCUGAAGAGAAAGCUGCUCGUGCUGCGCUUUACCUGGAAUUGGAGAAAGAGAGAGCUGCUUCUGCCACUGCUGCUGAUGAAGCCAUGGCCAUGAUAUUUCGCCUGCAAGAAGAGAAGGCAUCAAUAGAAAUGGAAGUUAGGCAGAAUGAGAGGAUGAUGGAAGAGAAGUUUGCCUAUGAUGAAGAGGAAAUGAAUAUUCUCAAAGAGAUCCUAAUUAGGAGGGAGAGGGAGAAUUUUUUCUUGGAGAAUGAGGUUGAAGCAUAUAGACAAAUUCCUUCCGGAGAUAAAAGCAGCGAUGAUCAUGUGCAAGACAUCAAGGAUAGCCACAGGAAAAUUCACCCUGUGCUUCACCCGGGUGAGUAUGUACAGUCUAUGGUACCAGAGAUCAACAAUGGUGGAGUAAUUAAGGAUUACAUAAUGGAGCCAACCCAUUAUUGUACAGGUAUGACGAGAUGUUUCUCUUGUGAUGGAGAAGGGGUGGAGGAAAAUAGGGAAAACGGAGAUAUUGAAUGUGGCAAUCUUCGAGAAACUGUGCAUGACAUGCAACAGAUAGUUCAUGAUGUUCAUGUGGUUGAUGAUAAAACAGACCCACCGAACAAUGGCACAAAUGAGGAAGACAUGAGGCAGAAUGGUCAUAUGAGCGAUACUAAUAUUGACGGCGUAUUAGAAUUGUUGGUUAACUCACGGAGUAGAACAAUGACACAUGAUUCUGAAAGGGUGGCUCGUUAUGAAAGAUUAAAGCUUGACAUUGAAGUUGAAUGGCUUAGAGAGAUGUUACGAAUUGUUCAAGAGGAAAAGGAGAAGUUGAGAAUAUCUGGAAAAAACAGGGAAGGAGAGACAAACCAGUUGGAACUGUUAGACGAUAUACAACAUCAGCUUCAGGAGAUUCAACGGCUAAGGGGGCCCAUGCAGCACACUUCCUCACCCAGUGCUUUAUCUAAGGUGAAAGUUGAAGAGAUGUAGCCGCCGAGCGGGAAUUGGGAAAGCGCAAGAGAGAGCACGUAGUGACUGCAAAAGAAUUUGCUGAGAAGGGUAAGAAGCCGUGGGCUUCUGUUUCGGGUUCAUGUUUUGAUAAUUUGGUGGUGAGGAACUCUGCAUAUGGUCGCGUGUAUAGUCCCAUGGUGAUGUGUAUAAAUAGCGUCGCUGGGGGUGCUGUCAGGCGCCUGUUGCCCCUCUUGAAGUGUAUAUACGCCUGUACAGUUCUCAGGCAAGUCGAGCUAUUAGGUCGGUGGUUGCGCUUAAUACUAAGUUUCUUUUUAUCUUCCCGUGUCCCUGGCAAUUCGAGGAGCCGACUUCUGGCUUUCGCUAGCGGCGCGCUGUGUUAAGAGUCUUCCUCACGUCUUGAAUGUGAACAUUUCUUCUUUCUUUUCACUCCUACCGCGACUACGUAAAGUCAUCGUUAUUGGA